UUAACAGUCCACCUUCCCCUCUCUCCUCUCCCCAGCGCUCGGAAGCGUCCGAUCCCGUACUACCGGCCCAGUCCUUCGUCGUCCAGCUACGACAGCAGCCCGUCGCGGUCCAGCCGCAGCCGUAGCCGCAGCUACAGCAGCUACAGCCGCAGCAGGAGCCACAGCCGGAGCCACAACCGGAGCCACAGCAGGAGCCGGAGCCGAAGCCGGAGCUGGAGCCGGAGCCGCAGCCAGAGCCGGAGCUGGAGCCGCAGCCGGAGUCGCUCCCGCAGCAAACACAGCUACUACAGCCGCAGCAGCUACGACAGCCCCGGCUUCUGAGCGCUCGACAAACGAGAGGAGGAGAAGUUAAAUUUACUGGUUCGGUUUUAAUCUCUAACAAGCCCUCCGCAGACUGCUGUCAAAUCCAGGGCCCCAAACUCCUCCUCGGCCCCGUCCUCUCUCCCUCAGACAGAGCCCGGAUCAAAGAGGAGAAACGUCUUUUCAUAUAGCACACUAAGUAUGAAAUUGGCCGUCACUGCUCACAUCUAAACAAAGUAUUAACGGAAAAGGGUCGCCACGUGUCCGAAAUUAACCCUUUAAAACCUGGGUCCUCAUCACUUUUCUCGUGCAGCUCUCAGACGCCUCUUCGAGUAAUUUAACCUUUAAAAUCGAAACAAGUUGGUUUGAUUUCGCUCAGAAAC